UCACAUAGAGAGUCCUCAAACACCAAAUGCUAUAGCCUAUUUACAUAAAUUUUGAUGUAGCUUAUAGCUACAAACGUUUUGAUAGUAAGAGAGAGUUCAAAGGAGAAAAAAAUGCAGGCACACAACAAUCCUCCUAUCUUACCAAAGAGAAUAAUCUUGUUGCGCCAUGGUGAGUCCCAAGGCAAUAUGGAUGCAAAAACCUACACCACCAUCCCAGAUAACGAAAUCCCUUUAACUGAAAAAGGCCUGGUCCAAGCCUGGGGUGCUGGGGUCCAAAUCAGGGAUGUGAUCUCCUGCAACAACACCACAUCUAAUUGGAAGGUCUAUUUCUAUGUAUCACCCUAUCAACGUGCCCUAUCGACGUUACGAGAGAUUGGACUGUCAUUCUCAAGGAAGGAAAUAAUUGGUGUAGAUGAGGAUUGUAGACUUAGGGAACAAGCUUUUGGGAACUUUCAAGAUGAGAAAAAGAUGAAGGAGCUUAAAAUUAAGAAGGAAGAAUAUGGGCGGUUCUUUUAUCGGUUCCCGGAUGGAGAAUCGAUUGCUGCUCUCUCUGAUCGUGUUUCAGAUGGAGCAUUUGGGUGUAAUAAGAUCGGCCUGCUGAAGGUGACACCUUGGUCACAAGUCACAACCAGCUCAGAGAUCUAGGUUCUAAUAAAUUAGACAUUCGGCUCCAACUAUAUCUACUACCCAGGAAAUAUGGAAAACUUUGACAUCAGCAAGUUAGUUCAACAUCUUAAAAAAGAAAAAAAAAAUGGACCUUCUUGAAGAGAGCAAAAAAACAAAACAAUUCCAAAAUUUUCUAAAAUUCUUCUUAUACAUUAUAAUUUUCUGUUACAUUCUUAUUUGUGAGUCAUACUUAUGUGAGAGAAAAGCAUAAUACAUCACGUAUACAGAACAUUUUCUCCAAAAUUUCUAAUUCUUUUGCGUAAUAGUCUAAUAGAUAUAGGACCCAUCCUUACCUAAAAGAGAAGCCUCUAAUGGACAAAAUAAGUUUCUAAUUUUUUUUUUUUUUUUGACAAAAGCGAGGGUUUCUUUUCACAAUGGGCAUGGAAUCCUUCAACUCUUUCACAUGUACAUAUGCAUUCACGUUGCUUUGAAUCUGAUGCUUAAAAAAUACUAAUAAAAGAAAACAAAGAAAGUUUACAGAUUAGUCUAGUCUCCUGUCAAAAUAGUACUACCAUUCAAGCCGACUAUACUAUUUUACGAGUUGAAUUUGGGGCAAUGGAUAAGGCCAGGGUGCUCAUAUCAUCAACAUCAUAGCCAUCAAAGGUACAUUCAC